CGUCAGUAAUGUAAUACAAGAAAUUAAACAACAGGGGAAAUAUUGUAAAGCAAUGUAAUCGCCAACUUGUAACCUUCUCCCCACUAGGCACAUCCUGUGCAACCGCUGUUUGCUUUUCAUUGAUAGCAUCUAAUACCAACAGAACUGAACACAAACAAGCAACAAAGUUAAUUCAAGUCAACGGAACCCAAGGCGUGUUUUUUUUUACUGUCUCUGCGUUGGUAUAUUUGUUCCCAAUAAAAGGCGCUUCGAUGGCAGACAAGACUUCAGCUUAAUGUCUCACCUGAGAGGUAGCAUCUCUGACACUCUGUCAAUGAAAUGUCAACAAGAUGAUGUUCUAAAUUUCUGGUGUGGGCAUGAACCCACAUCUCUCACAGCAGAGAUGAGAGCUGAUUCAAAGGGAGAGACUUACAGGAAAUUUAAUUCAAUUCUACAAUUCAAAGUUAACCACAUCAAGAUGGUUCACCUGCUUCCCUAGGAGUUCUGAAAAAGUUUUAGGCUUUGGCCCCUCCUUUGAAUGAUAAUUUCAACUGAUGAGUCCAAUUGCUGAAGAAACUGAACUUUUUGGCCAACUUUGACAGCUGAACACAUCUGUAAUGAUGGCACUUGAAGGAGUUAAAUGGAGUUGUUGUUAAAACCACUGGGUUCCCAGGAACAAACAAAAGAGCCUUGUCAAAUAGCUAUGAUGGUUCCCCCAAGCAGGCGUUUGAGGAACAGGCCAGUUGUGAAGGAUCUAAAAGAGAACGUAGACACGGAGUUUCAGGAGGACAGAGAGGCAGACAACCUUAGCAUGUUACAUCAUGACCAUCCCAUUGGAGAUGCUGGUGAAGAGAAGAAGGCUGAAAAAUUUACUUGCCACAUUUGUGAAAAGAGCUUCACUUUCCUCAGUGUUCUGUCAGUCCACAUGCGAACCCAUACUGGUGAAAAACCCUACAAGUGUCCAUAUUGUGACCACAGAGCUUCUCAGAAAGGGAAUCUUAAAAUACACAUCCGGACUCACAAAAUUGGAGACUUGAGUGACGGAAAAAACACAAAUUUGAGCGAGCAACAGCCCAUUGAGUUCAACACUUUGGAGAAUGUUAAUAUGCCCACCAGCUCUGCACAGAGCACUUCAUCUUGCAACCAAGCCCAGAAUGGAUUUACAAAGGCAGAGAACGGAAAGAUUGUUCUAAGGAGGCUUAAGAAAGAGAAGGAAGUUCUGCCAAAUUCUCUUGAGAGUGCCUUUGCAUUCCAAUGUUCAUGUUGUAAAGGAAGGUUUGAGAAACAAGACCAAUUGGAUCAGCAUGUGCAACUACAGCACAAGUCAUACAAGUGCAAAUUGUGCGAGUAUGUCACGCUUAGAGACGAUGAGUUGUUAAGCCACAUAGAAAAAGUUCACAUUACCGUGGAGAAGCCAAAUAAUGAAGGCGAGAGUGACAAUGUCGAACAGCCAACCAGUGAGUUCAUAUGUGAAACAUGCCAUCAGACCUUCAACCAAUCCUGGUUUUUAAAGGCCCACAUGAAGAAACAUAAUGGCUCCUUUGAAUAUAGUUGUCAUGUCUGUGGACGCAGGUUCAAGGAACGCUGGUUUCUCAAGAACCAUAUGAAGGUGCAUGCCACGAGGAGCAGAAACAGAAAUAAAGUCAGUAAAACUGAUUCUGAGGGUUUAGCCACCAUUAAUGAUGUGGUGCAAGAAGAUGGAAUGAGCAUUACUUGCUCACAGUACCAGAUCUGCAUGAAAUGCGGUUACCUGUUCCCAAGCAGAGAAACCUUAAAAGAACACGAAAAGCUGCACAUUAGAACAUUUGAGGAACAUCCUGAAGAACAGAUAAAGACUGUAAGGGAGGCAGUGAUGAAUGGCACCACCAAAAACUGCACAAAGGACAGUUUCUUCAGGUCUCUGAACUUGAGACCAUCUCUGUCACUGGAUACUUUUACAAGUCGUUUGUUUGCUAAGGGCAUUGCUGAACUGGAUCCUGUGAGUAGCUAUCAAGCUUGGCAGUUGGCCACAAAGGGAAAAGUGGCAGAUCUCACUGGAUCAGACAAGGCCAUGCCAGAGACCGAUAUUAUCUGUGAUAAAGAAAAGGGAGCAUACAUUUUCACUGAUACUGAGAAGCGCAAACGGGAACAAGACACUCAUAACAGCAGCUGUCCAAAGAAACGCAAUAGAACAAAUAGUGCACAAGAGAAAGAAAGUCAGUUAGCCACCUCUGGGGAAAGCAACAAUGGCACAGAUAUCAGACCCAUGUCACGCAAUGGGCGGAGAUCUUCACAGAAUAAAAGUACUGAAUGUUUGGAAUGUGGGAAAGCAUUCCGGACCUAUCAUCAGGUGGUGCUCCAUUCCAGAGUACAUAGAAAGAAUAGAGGCAGUAGACAUGAAGGUGGACAGGUUAGCCAGGAUGUUAAGCCCGGUUCCACAAGUGAAGCAGACUCUACUUCAACCAGCCGGCCCAGUACUCCGGGCUCGACCUCAACCCCAGAAGAUUCAUUGGCACCAGGGCUGGAGGAGGAAGAUGUCGACAGUUCUGAAGAGGGUAUGGAGAUGCAUUCAGUUAAUGAUGCACAGCCACAAUCAGAAAGAGGAGAAAAGCCAUACAAAUGUUUGCCUUGUGACUACACAGUGACUGAGCCACCUUUACCUCCAUGCAACCCAGCCUCCCAUCAUCUGUCUCCUCAGAAUGAAUCUCAGGAAGAUAUUCCAGUUCCCACAAACGGGAGUCACGAGUCUUUGCCUGAUAGACCAGGAAGCUCUCUUCCUUCAAAAGACGAUAACUGUUGCUUGGAUGUUCAAGGGCUCCCUCCAGACUCUGGGGAAUGUAGUUUGAUUUCACAAAUGGAAGCACCAAGGGUUGAACAAGAGCAAGGGUCUGUUGGAUCAUACAGAGUCGAAGAAAGCAUCCUCCAGCCCAGCUCACCAGCGGGUUUUCAGAACAAACCAGACUGUGGAAAGAGUUCAGAGUUGCCUUCAGAAGGUGCAGAUAAAGUGCAUGUCGUUGAUCACAACACAAAUGCAGCCCAAGAUGAAUUUCCCUUAGAUUUGACCUUAACAUUUUUCAAAAAGUUUGCUUGCAAUGAUAAUUUCUUUUUCCGGGGUUCACCUACCUCACCACCACAGAAUGCUAUGAUCACACAUUUUUGCCAGUUCUGCGAUCACACAACCCUUUACCCUGAAGUGCUCCUGAUGCAUCAGCGUGUCCUACACAAGCUGAACCUCAAUACGCCAACUCCAAAAUGGCGAUCCCGGAAUGGGCUGAAAGCCACGAGUCAGAGUUUGCCUGGAGUUACUAGCAGUCGACGCACAGGUCCUCCUCCUGUACUGAACAGUAAAGUAAGUUCUCCCAUGCCCACACCUAGACUGGUACGUACCCAUCCCCCUUGCCAAAGGCAAUCACCAACACCCAAAGCUGCUCCCUUGUUGUCAGGGAUCUCAAGCAAGUCACAUGCUCCUUCACAGCACAGAGUCUCCCUCCCUCUUGCCGGUACGAAGUCUAUAAGCCCAGUUCCAGAUAGUUACUGGUACCAGCAAGCAAACAAUCGUAAGCAAUAUGGUUUUGUUUCAGAACAAAAUGUGCAAUCAAAUAUAAGUUUAGAGCACAAGAUUUCACAAGCUGGUAGUUUUGGAAACAAGUUUGUUAAUGGACGCCCUGCAGUUCAGACAUACGGAACUGCAACCGAGAAGAUCACAACAGAUCGAUUUCUUCAAGACAGUCGUGUCAGUGGUGCAGUUUCUGGUAAUUGUUGCCAACUAUAUCCAACAACCACCCAGGUUGGUCUAGAGUCAGGACGCCAAACCUUGCCCACAGCUGCCCGGCAGACCAAACACAAAGCCAAUCUGCUGCCUCAAUCAGAAUACAGAUCAGCAAGAAUAGCUGAACUGGCAUCAUCAGGGUACUACGUACAAGAUGGGCAAAUGCCACGACGCUCCAGUCCAGCAGGACAUUCUAUGUCAUUAGGCACUUUUGAGCCAGCAUCACCUCAUGAACAGGAAGACAGGAUCAAGUACAGGAAUUCUUUUGACAUGCUAGCAACCUACAAUCCACAAGAUUUAUCUGCUUUGUACCAAAGCUGGAGAGUGAACAGUCCCUUUCUGGAUCCAAGAGCUGAAGCAAGAAUGCUUGCUACUCAGCACAGAGACGCAACCUGUGGAGAAUGUGGAAAAAGUUUCAGUCAACCCAGGCAUCUCAGGACACACAUGAAAUCCCAUGCAGAAUUUGCAAUGUCUUGUGGAUGCAGUUGGCAGUUACACAAAUUGCAAAAGUCCUUCUGCAUUCCUCAAGUGGCAACAGCAGAGAGACCUUUCCAAUGCAGAUAUUGUCCUUACAGUGCCUCGCAGAAGGGAAAUCUGAAAACCCAUGUACAAUGUGUUCAUCACGUGCCAUUUGACAACACCCAGUAUCCAGAUCGUCGGUUCAGACUUUCGCGGAGUGAUGUUGACCUCUACACGGCAAUGGAUAAACAGUUUGGUCAUUUUUCAGCGGAUUGCCAGACUGCAGGAACAACAGUACUGGAUUGAUACCCGUUCCCAGUCUGCGAAUUUCAGGAAAUUUCCUUCCACUUCCAGUGGGGCCAGAACUUGGGACACAAUGAUGCUGUCACUUCAGGACUCAGAGAGUGCAGGAACAAUCUCUAAAUGCUAACGUGACCCAAAAGUUGAAUGUGUCUUUUUUUCAAGAUGAAUGAUUGCAGCUCAACAGAAUACUGGUCUGCAAGAGGAAUGCUGAAAAGUUGUUCAUUCAGAACGCAUAUUGAUUAUUCACAUUGAGGACUUGACUGGUUAAAUCCUCAUUAUUUUAGACAUAUGGUCCUGCUUUUAGGUCUUUCUCUCAAUGUUGAUAGACUUCGGGAAACUCAGCCAUUGCUUUGAACUGGACAUUGUGAGUCUAAUGCUAGAUAAUAGUGUUAGAAACACGUGCAAUUUAUCCCUCACCAUAUCAUUAUAACUUAUUGCAAAACAAAGAAGGUCAAAGUUGGUCAAAGAUACAUUCAGAUGUUUUUCUUGAAAUGUAUGACACUGUUUUGGCAAAAACAAUAUGUGUUAAAAAUUAAAAGCCAGUGUGGCAGGCCACGUAAACAGGAAGCAUUCUUGCUAUCCGCAGAAAGGUACUAAAUGUUAACAUGACCUCAUACUUACAAGAUUUUAAUGACAUAUCAAAUACAAACUGAAUUUGAAUAACCCUUUACUCAUCCACUCUUCAGGAUAUUUUACACAAACCAUUAUUUUCACUGCAAAAACAAAGUUUGACACGCAGAAGCCAGAGGAAAAGUAACAAAAAAUCCUGGUAAGAAGCGCUGUCCUGGGUUUAGGCUUGUUGUGAGAUAAAACAAACGCAAUGGUCAUCAGUUGAACACUAAGAUCCGAAAUAUCAACUCAUUGUUCUAAUGCUCAGGACUGUCCUGUGAGGUUACUUUACUUACCCAAAGAGUUUUUGUUCUUACAUUGCAACCUGUUGGUAUUGUUUUAUGCUCAAAAGAAUUGUUUUUCAUGUUCUAUUUUGGCUGUUCUGGGUUCUGUUCUCCACUUUUGUGAUUUUUGCAUGAUUUGGGAUUACAGGAUGCAAGGAGAAGCCAUCAGUGUACAGUAUGGACAAUUUUGAUUCAAUACAGGUGAAUACAGGAGCUCAGAAUUACUCUUUUAAUGGUAAAUUCAAGGACUGCUGAUUAUCAAGAAUGCGUGAACCAUAUGUAUGAUUGCGAGUGUGCGAAAGCAGUGAAGUUACUUACAUAGGUAACAGAUGAAGCACCAGCAAAUCACAACCUAAGGAGUCUGUAAAAUUUCUCAAGCAGUGAUGCAUUUGCACUGCCAGUACAGCUCUCUCAGAUGCAAUUUAAUGCCAUGCAUAAUAUGGAAUAGAAAGACUGAACACCAGUAAAGAGAGCAAUGAUUUCGCUACACAUGCUCCAAUGAAUACUGUAAGCAUGACAUUGAGAUUUCCUGCUAUAUGGAGAAGGAAUAAAUCCAGUUCUAUUUUUCCUGCAUUGGAUUCCAAGAAUUUUACUGACUGUUUCUGAAGAUUCUGUUCCAUCCAUUUUGUUAAGCACCGAUGAGGAAAUGUUCUGUUUCUCACUGUCAAUCUUUGGGGAGUAUUGGUUCAUUUUAAACUGAGGUUUGUGUACAAUAUUGGUUUUAUGACCUGACCCCUUAUUACUGUUUAAAAUUAGGUGGAGUGCAAUUCAAGCCAGCCUAGUACCUAAUCUCAUUAAUAUAAUAGUGGGCAGGUUAGUUUAAAAUUGACCCCUGACAUCAGAUGUCCAAAAGUAAUAGUGAUUAGGCACACUUCUUCACAAAAAUUACCCAUUUAAAAUGAAAAGCAUUUCUUUGCUUAUAAAAAUGCCCCAAUUAAAGUAAUUUCUCCUGAUUUGUCCUGUAAUGUAUGAACUUAACACAAGAAAUAGGAACUGUAUCAGGCCAUUUGACCCAUCAGAUCUACACGGUCCUUGAAAACGAUCAUGACUAACCUCAAUUCCACCUUCCUGCUUUAUCCCUAUGCCCCUUAACCACUUUAGGGCCUAAAACUCUAUGGACCCUGGUCUUAAAUAUAUAUAAUUGCUGAGCAUCCACAGUUCUGAAGAAGAAUCUUGGAACUCGAAACAUUAACUCUGUUUCUGUGUCCCCAGAUGCUGCUAGACCUGCUGAUCAGCAUCUGUGUUUGCUGCCGAUCAGCAUUUUGCUUUUAUUUGAGCAUCCGCAGUUGCCUGCUGCAGUGAUUUCCAAGAAUUCACAACCCUCUAAGUGAAGAAAUUUCUUCCUGGCUUAGUCCUAAAUUUUCAAACUCUCUGUGAUGUUGUAUUCUAGUUUCCCUAGUCAGAGUUAUCAUUUUCUUAGCAGGUCACGGCAACUAAAAAUCUCAACUGCAGAACCUCUCAUUCUGAACAAAAUCUUAAUCACUACCAGAGAGCUCUCAUCUAUUGGAAGAUAUAGGGAAAUGUCUUACAGAAGAAGCUGUUAUUAUGUUCUGGAAUAUGCUGUUCUAAAAGGAUGUUGCAAGCAGGUCCAGCAGUAAGUUUCAGAAGGGCACUUGGUAAAUAGUUCAAGCAGGAAAAUAUUGCAUGACUGUCGACAAUGAGCAGUGGAAUGAAAGUAAAUGGGUAGAUCUUUCAAAGAGCUGGGUAUGAUGAGCCAAAUAACCUCCUCCUGGGCCCUAUCAUUCUUCCUGCUAACUGUGUUCUUGGCGGUAAUAGUGUGGUGGGAGGUUAUUGUUCCAACAUAGUCUGUAAUAUAGAUUACAUACAGAUUUCUUUGGCCAACUUAAUAUGAAGAUCUUACGAACAAAUUAUUUAGGAAACGACCUAAAUGUUGUCUGCCACUGUGCAGAGUUUUAUUUAGGUAAAGCUGCCAUCAUCUGAGAGGACUAUAGGACUGCUCUCUCAUCAAAGUGAGACAGCUGGUGGCACUUUGACCUGAGGUUCACAAUGCCUCAGGUGAGCGGCACCUUGGUCUUCAACUGGAAUAUUCUGUCCUAAUCUGGGCAUGACAUGUUAGAAAGGAUGUGCAGGCAUGAGCGGGAUUGCAGAAAGGAUUCACAACAAAAAGUUCCAUGGAUGGUAAACUUCGGUUAUGUGGCUAAGUUGGAGAAAUUGGGGCCUUUCCUAGAGGAAACAAGAUACUUAUGGAAGUGUUCAAAGCCAUGUGAGGGCUCAUGUGAGAAACUGUUGCCAUUGGUCUAUCAAGGUUGGUGAUUAAGGUGAUUGGCAAAAGAAGCAAAACAACAUAAGGAAAAGCCAUUUUCACAGCGAGUGGUUAGGAUCAAGGAUGCACUGAUGGAAAAUUUUGUGAAGGAUGAUUCAGGUGAAGUUUUCAAAAAAAUGUUGAAUCAUAUAAUUGAAGGAAAAAAGAUGUUAAUGUAGGAUAUUGUAUUGAGGGGUCUCAGCAAGUUGCUCAGGUAAAGAACAGGCAUAGACAAGAUGUGCAGAAUAGCCUGCUGUGCAGUGGUCAUUCUAAGGUUCUACAAACCUAGGAGCACAGAAUCAUAAGGAGGCUCUUCAGUUGCCCUGUCUGCUCAGCAACUCGAUUAAAUCAUGGCUGAUCCGUUUCUUCAGUCCAUUUGGUAAUGCUGUAGCUGAACAGAAGCCUUGUCAAUUUCAGUUUUGAAAUUUUUGUUUGAUUCUCCAAUCUCAACACCUUCCUGGGGCGAAUGGCUCUAGUUUUCCAUCACCACUUGAGUGGAGAUGCUUCCUGAUAUCACCACUGACCAGCCUAACUCCUAAAGUUGAGUUUAUGACCCCUUUUUCAGGACUGCCCCCAGGAGAAAUACGUUUCUAUCUAUCUUAUCAACUUCUUUUAAAACAUCAGUUAGUUAACUGCUUCAUCUUAUCCACUCGGAAAUUCAUUACAGAUCCUGUGGAAUCGUACCAAAGUGUGGGAACUCCUUGUGAAUGAGAUGGAUGUGAGAGUAAAUCCUCUCAACCCAAAGAGCUCACUAAUAGACACACAUGUGCACACACACACACACACACGCACACGCACGCACACAAUGCAUUUCUGCUUCUUUUUAUUUAUGUUUUUGAAUUAUAUUCAGGUGUUCCAUUUCUUCUCAUCGUAAUUUUGUUUUAUUACAUUUUACAGCCCUCCUGUAAAGCAAUCAACCGUACAUAAAGUGAUAUCCAAAAUGAAACAAGUGAGAAGCCCAACAUGCAGUAUCUUCUUUAUGCCCCUCGCCAUCUAUUCCUGUGCACACUGCCUCGACCAAUCUCAUGGAAAAAUACGUGUGAUUAAAUUAGGACUGUCCAGAAAGCAACAAAAACUUGAUCACUAAUACCUCGACCUAUUUUUAAAGAAACUGUAUGCAUUAAUGUUUGGUUUUCUAGGUUACCAUGCUUUGUAUAUUUCUAUCUAUGUUUUUCUGUUUUCAGUGUAGCAUUUAAUAUUUUGUGGAGCACCAAGUGUAAUGAUGCAACAUUCCAUUCCAAGUGAAGUCUGACUAUAGGUAGAAAUAUUUGAUGAGAGCAAAAAAUAUAUUUUAUCCACAUUUAGCAUAAGAAUCAAGCUCAGGAGAUUGAUAUUUCUUCCAUCCACCCAUGUUGUCCCCACCUUGCUGGUUUGAUUGUAACUUCUAUUAAGAACUUUUAUUAAUCUCAAUACUUUCAGUAAGUUAUGUAAAUUACUUCCAAUAGUAGUUUAUGGCAUGACAAAGGUUACUUUUUCUCCCUGCAGAAUUGUGUUGCAAUGUUAUUUUACUAUCAUUUUAUUGGAGUGUUAGACCCAUAUAUUUAAUGCUGUUUAUGUUUGGUAUUUAUUCUGUCGUUAUCAUUUUUUAAAAAGAAAUACAUUUUGAA